ACAAAUGAAGGAUUCAUGCAGAAAGAUAUAAAGCACUUUACAUAUAUGGCGUUCCAGCGUAGCUACAGCAAAGUUUGGUGGGGAAGUCGCGACGAAAAAUUGCCGUUUGGACCCAGCAUCUACUACGGAAGCAUAUCGGAAAAGCAAUUCAAAACAAUUGGGAAUUUAUCCAAAAUUCAUGAAACUGAUGAGAAUUCGAAAUUGUGGAAUAGUUUGCAUGAGAGUCCCGGAAGCCUAAGAAGUCAGGAUUCUGGCUUCUCCGACAAUGAAGACACGACUAAUUUAAGGCAAUCUAACCGUAUAUCGAAGAAAUCGCUCAACAACAUUCCAGUGACUCCAGUUUCAGUGAAAUCCACCACUACUCCGCCAACAGUUAUAAGACGUAAUAAAUCGGAACUGAUUACGUCCACCUCACCUAAUUUUCAACGGCGCUCUUUGAGCGCUCCUUCUUCACCUGUAUCAUUUACCAGAGACUGUGAUAUAAUUAACCAAAUUAAUAGGAUUAGUUUAGUGACAAAUAGUGUCAUGACGGCAAAGAGCAAAUCAGAUUGUAAGUGCCUGAAUUCGUCAUCGCAGCGAGCGGAAAUUACACGGAAGCGGCGUGUGAGCAACUUAAAAGUAAGACGAAGCCUAAUUACAGCCGAUGUUGAAACCAGUCAGCCAUCAUCCGAUGAUGAAUUGAAAGCCUACAAUAAUGAAACAGUAUAUUUAGGUGUAGGCGGGGACGUGGCUUGGCAGGAUGACAACAAUAACAAACCAGCUUUGGACGGAAAAGAAGACUCCUACGAGGAACAUAAUAAUUCCAGCAGCAUGCUGAGAGAACACAAUCGGUCAUUAUUCAAUGUCGUCAGUACGAGUACUCCAAAAGCGAUGAAAGCGAAGAGAAAUGAAUUAGACUUCCCAUAUUGUGACAUGCAUACAAUAUCCAUGGUGUCGCCGAAAGGAGGAAUAACCAUCCCCUAUUAUAUGGAGUACGAAAACCCUCGUUUAAAUGGGCACGCUCUUUCCGUUCAGCACUGGCUUGAUGACAUUCGUAUGUCCUACAAUCAUGAAGUCAUGUCUACGCUCCAGACCAAAUCGAUAGCGCAGGAGGCUUUCCGGAAUCUGAAGAUCACGACGGCGACAGUAGCAAAAAUUGUACGACAACUGCAGACUCGCGCCCUCAUUCUGCAGGGCGAAUUCGAAAGAGUUGAGAAGAUUAUGCGAGGGGAGCUGGAAGGGUCGUUUCGAGAUGCACUUCGUGCGGCCAAGGAUCUUGUUGACAGUGUAGACAGUUUUACGAAGGUCCUUGAGCGGCGCAGCGUGUUCUUCGCAGAGUGUCAACAGGAUAGUCGCAAAUUCCACGAUAAUAUUGACCAGAUGAAAAUUAUUGUCAGGGAUUUGAAUAUAUCGCUAGGUAAAAGUCAUUACCUUGAAGCAGAUGCUUUGCGUGAGGACAUUGAAGUUCUGAAACGCUACACGCUUAUUACCCUCCGAUUGGUUUUCGAGAAAUUGAUAAGAGUCAUAGUAUCCAAUAUUGAGAACUGCCAGUGUGAUUUGGUUCUGAGGGCGAACCUAAACAUGGUAGCCACUCUUUCAAACAUCGAUUAUACAGGAUUCGCCUCACUGAACGAUGCCUUUCUGAAGAAUAACGCAAUUCGAGUGUUCUUGCUAAUAUGUUUGGACAGUAAAUUUUCGUCGGUGCGAGCAUUGUCCUUGCGAGCGUUAGCUACGGUUUGUUCGAGUCGUGAAUCGAUAAAGCAAUUCGGCGAUGCGGGUGGCGUUGAAAUUGUCAAGGAUAUUCUGAGCGAGGAUUCUCGUAGCUUCAAACGUACGGAGCCCGAACGGAGGGAAGCUGUCUCGUUAUUCACACAAAUCACGGCACCAUGGCACGGUUCCGAGCACACGGUGGCCGGGCUAAAGGAUUGUGCUGAGAGCAUCGUUGAAAGUCUAACGGAUAUCGUUGAAACAACAAUUUGCUGUCAAACACUCUUGUUAUGUGCUGCAUCACUGAACAAUCUCUCCUACUUGGAAACGACAUCCAUUUACUCAAUCAUGUCCAACGAAACGAUAAUAAAAUUGAAGGAAGCUGUCGAAAAACGUGGGCCCGGAGUAUCGAUUUUUCUAUACGAGCAGAUAAUGGGCAUGCUGUUCAAUAUGUCAGCCAACAAGAAGUGUCAUGGCCACUUGGCAAACAGGACGAUAAUAACCUUCAUUACAUCUACCUUUCAAUCACUGUUCUAUGAGAAAUAUAAAUCUCGGGCGGAAACUGAAGCUCAUCGAAAAACUAUCAAAACAAUUUUGCACAUCAUGUCAAGACUUAUCCACGACUCAGUCGUUGGGCAGGAGAUCCUUGAACACAAUUUCGUACCUAUCUUUUCGAAGAUAGAGAGGGAUUUGCAUGUCGACAAUGAAUACUCCAGGGAUAUUUCGUUUGUGAGUCGGCAAAUGAAUGAAAGUCUAUCCCAAAAGUCAUUUAAUAGGUCGAUAGAUAGUAGAUUGCUGGACAGCCCAAGGGCGGGUCACAAAUUGUAUUUUACCUAGGCAAGAAAGUUAUGUGUGAGUUUUAUUUGUAUAAGAAUUUUUAUGAAAAUGUUAAUAAAUGUUGCCAAAGCUUUAAUAUACGUUAGUUGAUUACUGCUGGA